AUGGCUCCUAAAUCCAGCAAUGUCCUGGUUAAAAGGCCCAACCUUGCGGUUCGAGAAGUCAAAUCGCAUGACGAAACAUACUUGAGCGCUUUGGUAUUGCCAGCUCCUGCUCCGAAGCCGCUCAUUCUCUCUGCGAUCGACCUACUCGCACGACUAGCUGCGCAUUAUGGGCAGAGGAGUAUUCGAGAAGAGAUGGAAAGCUGUAGGGCACUUUGCACGGAUGCACUGGCAAGCAUCAACGGCGUGGAUACUAGAAGGCCCGCCGUUUCGAACAAUGGCCGAGACCGCGUGAAAGCUCGGCGAGAUGUGGCCAACGCUAAGCUCAUGGCUUGCCAAAAGGAGCGUGAUAGGAUCGAACGCAGUAUGGAGAGCGGCGUGAGCAAGCUCGAAGAUAUCAAAUAUCGCAAAUUAAAUACCAAAAAGGAAGUAGAACGUCUUGUUUUCAAAAUACGAGAUCUUGGGGUGCAGCUCGAGGCAAAGCAAACCGAAAUGGGUUACCUCCAACGAGAGGCCGAAGAGAAGCCUGCGGAAUUCAAGGCGGCUGAAGAGCGGGAAAUGAGACGCCAACAGAAGAGGGCCCAAGAGAAACGCCAAGCGAGUUGGUCAGAAUGGGCCUGGAAUACUUUCAUCUACGACCCAUCCGGGGAAUCAGAGGCGGUUCGUGUGAACACAUGGAAACAGGUCAAGCGGGAGCACGAAGAAUGGGAGGCAUGGAGCAAUCGAGGCCUCCUUAAGCGUCGCGAAGAGAUCCGUCGACUCAAGCAAGAGAUCGAACCGGAAGAUCUAAAGAGACGGCAGCUGUCUGGGAAAAGAAUGCAGCAGGAGAUGGAGAAGUUCGAAAGCGAUGAGCGGAAGGCAAGAUCGGAUCUUUUUGGUAUGAUACUUGAACUGGAUGAACUGGAGGAGAGAAUGAACGCAUUGACUAUCAGUGUCAGCCAGGAGAACGAGCUGCUUGAGGUUCUGGAUGACUUCGGCAAAAUUGUUCCCGGACUAUGCGGUAGCUUGCGUGAGAUUGCUACCAACGUGGAUUUCUCACGUAGAGCCUAUCAGCAAGUGCUGGAACGAUACCAAGGCUACACUAGCCGGCUCGAAUCGCUCUCGAAGAGAAUGGCGAUCGAGAAGCCUCUAAAGGAAGAAGCCGAUAUGCUCUACAACGACGUCAUCCGUCUCCGCAUCGCCUAUCUUGUCAUAGCCUGCGCCUCAGAGUGGAGCAGCGUCAUGUCGAAAGCACUAUACCAAGAGGCUCUACGGCACAUCGCUCCCUUGGGCACUGUCCCCGAGGGCUCAACGGCAGUUCCAGGUCGCGCGAUCCAGCUCCACGAUACGCGGAGGACGCAUGAUGAUCUUCACAUGCUUGCUAAUUUGGUGGACAAGGCUGCGAACUCAUUUGACUAG